UUCACGAACACACAGACACUCACAAAUUGAUUAAGAUCAAACAAUGGCUAUGAAAGCAGUGAAGAUCCUGCAGUUUCUCUUCUUCAUAUGCCACUUAAGUCUUCAAGUCACGCAUGCCUCCGAUGGCGGAUGGCAUACUGGUCAUGCAACAUUUUAUGGUGGCAGUGAUGCUGUUGGCACAAUGGGAGGUGCGUGUGGUUAUGGAAACUUGUACAGCCAGGGGUACGGGACUAGCACCGCAGCUCUAAGCACUGCUCUUUUCAACAGUGGUUUGAGUUGCGGAGCGUGUUACCAACUAAGAUGCAACCAUCAGAGUGACCCCAAAUGGUGCCUCCCGGGCGGUGUCAUCACUGUCACAGCCACCAACUUCUGUCCUCCUAAUAAUGCUUUGUCUAACGACAACGGUGGCUGGUGCAACCCUCCUCUUCAACACUUUGAUUUGGCUGAGCCUGCUUUCUUGCAUAUCGCUGAAUAUCGUGGUGGAAUUGUCCCAGUACUCUUUAGAAGGGUUCCAUGUCUGAAGAAAGGAGGCAUAAGGUUCACCGUCAAUGGCCACUCAUACUUCAACUUGGUUUUGAUCACAAAUGUUGGGGGUGCAGGGGACGUCCGUGCGGUGUCUAUCAAGGGUUCUAGGACAGGGUGGCUACCCAUGUCAAGAAACUGGGGCCAGAAUUGGCAGAGCAACUCCUACCUCAAUGGCCAGAGGCUCUCCUUCAAGGUCACCACUAGCGACGGACGCACCGUCACCAGCUACAAUGUCGUGCCGGCUGGUUGGCAGUUUGGACAGACUUUUGAAGGUGGCCAGUUUUAGAUCAUUUCUGGAGAACAAUUACAGAUACAAAAAUAGACUUAUAUAUUCAUAAAUUAAUUAUCCAUAAAACUGCUUUGCAGUUAUCAUCUUUGAUUUUGUAAAAGUAUAAUAUCACAUCAAUGAUGUAGAUGCAAAUUUUAUACAUCCAGCUAAGUAUGCCACUAUGUUUAUAUA